CCCGAACGUGAUUUCUGAGGAUUAAGGCUUUAUAAAAAUUUCAAGUAAAAAUUAUCUGGAGGGGUGAUAUUUCCACUUUCUUUCGAAAAUGGCUCUUCCUGUUACCCGAGCCGCGUUGCAGAAAAUUUCUGCAUUUGUUGUACCAGUUGGAACGCGAUCGCUUUUUGGAGUCAAACUGCCGAGAUGGGGACCAGAUCCUUUAGAUCUGGCUACUGGUCUGGAAAAGAAGGAGCUGCUUGCAAGAGCCGCUGGAAAUGAGGAUCCGUUUCAAAUUAAUGCCAUCAAACGUGGACCUGGCACCCGAGAGCAGCCCACGAAAGUCCCUUCAAUGUUGGACGACCGUAUCAUUGGUUGUGUCUGCAAUGAAGAUUCGCUGUACAUUAGCUACAUGACUGUCUAUAAAGGCGAGCCGAAACGUUGUGAGUGUGGCCAUUGGUUUGAACUCGUUCCUGGUCAAGGCAUCGAGCAUCCUUCGUGGUGGGUUUAGAAGAUGUUUCCGUUACCUUCGCUGGACGCGACAGUUUGGUUUAAGCUAUUCUUGGAGGCGAUUCCCGCUGUGUGAUGGGCAGUUCAACAGAUCCACCAGUUAUCUGUCUUCAGUUACUAUGCGGUUGUUUUGUCGCUCAUUUCGCGGUUGAGUUCAAGUAAAAUAUUUGCGCUGUGUAAAUGUACUGUUGUGUGCAAUAAAAGAGAACGCAACUGUUGA